AUGGAUUCUCCAACCCAGAAACUAACUACAUACACCACCUCUGAUGGACAAAACUCUAAACUGCCGCAUCUUUCCUUAAAGGAAGCCAACGACGAGUUUUUACCAGCAGCAAAUUGCUUCAUUUCCAAUCAGAAAAUACACUUUACUCCACUCGACGAUAGUCAAUUAGAACAGGGACAGGAGGCAGCGCAAAAUGCUCUCAAAACAGCCAACUUGAUGAAAAUUGAUGCUUCCUAUUUACCCGAUAAGCUCUACUUGAAAAACAAGAAUCGUCUUUACAACUUGAAUAACUUAUCAGACCUGGAAAGCGAAACAAAUGGGACAGGUUUGAUGCCACCACAGUCACAGUCACAGUCACAACCACAGUCACAGUCACAGUCAUACCUCAGCCCAAACGCACAAGCAAAUGCAAACUCACACGAGCAAGCUGGAUUGGGGUCGAGGUUAAGCUCACGUGCGGGAUCAAGAUCGCCGUCACCUUCGCCAUCGAGUGUUCCAGAGUCGAUAACUUCUUCACUCUACUUUCCCAAACUAGUCAUUGACUUGAAUGAAAACUUAGAAAAUGAAUAUAAACAAUUAAAGAGAUUAUUAAUGAGAGUAUUUCCACAAUGGCUGGAGCCAGGAAAGUUGGUGUUGAAGCAAGUAACUGGUGGUAUCACCAAUAUGCUCUUGUCAUGUGAAUAUGACUCAACAACCACUGUGCUUAUUCGAGUCUAUGGCCACGGUACGAAUCUCAUUAUAGAUAGACACAGAGAGUUUAUCUCACACAUGAUUCUCAACUCUAUCGGUUUAGCUCCUCCCGUUUUUGCCCGAUUCAAAAAUGGCAUGAUUUAUGGCUUUCUCCUGGGUCGAUCCUUGAAACCAGGAGAACUCAGCAAUAUUGAAAUCUAUCCCUUAAUUGCUCAACAGUUGGGCAAUUGGCACAACUCUUUAGACUACAAACUCAUUGAAGAAGGUGUUGAAAAAAUUAGGACUUUAAGACUCGGUGCAAGAAGAAACUCUUUUUCAAAGAAAAAGAAAUCAUCAUAUGCCAAGAAACGAUUCAUUUCCAAUAUCUGGGAAUUGAUAGACGACUGGAUCGAGAUUGUACCAAUUAAUCCGGAAUUGAUAGCCUCUUUUCAACAACACCUUAAUAUUGAAGUCAAUGAAACAAACCUUAAAGAAGUUGUCAAAGAAGAGUUUCGCUGGCUUCAAGAAACUUUAGAAAAAGUACAAUCACCAAUUGUCUCAUGCCAUUGUGAUCUACUAUCGGGAAAUGUCAUUGUCCCCGCCGAUGACAACAACAACAACAAUGUUAACAACACCAAAUCACAUUUAAACGAUACCCAUUCUAUACCACCAGUGGACCUCAACCCUGUCAAAUUUAUCGACUAUGAAUACAUGUUACCUGCACCUCGUGCUUUUGACAUUGCAAACCAUUUGGCCGAAUGGCAAGGCUUUGAUUGCGAUCGAAGUGCUAUCCCUACUCCUACAAUAGAAAACCCCACAAUCCUCGAAUUUUGCAAAUCGUACUUGGACUGCGUUGGCGACUCAAAUGACAAUGACAAGAUUAAGGAAUUGGUGAAUGAAAUUGCAAUGUUUUAUGGACUUCCGGGCUUUUACUGGGGAAUUUGGGCAAUGAUCCAGAGUGAGUUGUCCAACAUAGAUUUCGAUUAUGCAAACUAUGGGAAAUUAAGACUAGAGGAAUAUUGGGAUUGGAAAUCAAGGUUUGCAAAGCAUCAAAUUUCAGUGUAA